GCCUGAGUUGGGUGGGGGCUAUAGGUGGCUGGAGGAUCCUGUCAAAUAUAAGCUGCAUUUUUCUGUUCCCGGCACAGAUCUGAGGAGGGAAGGCAGUCAACUAAAAACCUGAGAAUACGUAACUGAUGAUGGCCUCAUUCCAGUUUGCAUUACUUCUCUUCAUUGGUCUCCAAGGCUGUGCUCUGACUUUUAAUAUCAAUGGUUUGGAAAAUGAUGCACUGAAAGCAACUGAUGACGCCUGCCAGGACUGCACCAAAAUAUUUGAACUCCUUGCUGACCUGCUUUCCAAUGCAGAUCUCCAGAAAAAGAUCAUGGAUGGCAUCGAAAAUCUGUGUGACCACCUGCCCGGGCCAGCCAGUACUGCCAAACUCUGUAAAGAAGAGGUGGAGAAGAUGCUUCCAGUGGCCAUCACCUUCAUCACUGGUGCUGUAAAACCAGCAGAGAUCUGCAAAAUCCUUGGGCUCUGUGGUUCCUGUGAAAAGCAGAAAAUGCUCAGCUAUUUUGUCAACGAGGCCCUUCAGGCUGCUAUGACAAACCAAAAUGCGCUGCCCACAUCACAAUGCUCCUUCUGCAUUUUUCUUGUCAAGACUUUGGAGGACUUGCUGCCUAAACAAAGGACUGAGGGCGCUGUGAUCAAGCUGCUGGAGGAGAUUUGUCAUAUCGUGCCCUCCUCCUACCGAGCUCAGUGCGAGUCUGUCAUCGGCAAGUUUAGCAAAAUGGUGCUAGACGCCAUCUUGGGCUACGCCACCCCUCAGUCCAUCUGUGCUCUCAUCCACCUGUGUAAAGGGCAGGAGGCGCCAAUUGUAGACCCGUGCACCUUGACGACAUACAGGUGCAGUGACUUCAAGACUGCUGUCAAAUGUGGAACUGUGUUCUACUGUCAGAGAUUCGCCUGGAAGCCCCUCAACUAAAACACGCUCUAACGUGUUAAGGAUGGGACUGAAAAUGUGAGUCAACUUCAGCGUCCCCGCGGACACCCCGGUCUUACAACAUUAACCCGCAAAUAUUUCUCUUAACUGUUUGAUUCCUUGUGGCUUCCUGUUUGAUAGUGCUUAUUUCCCCAAAGUUUUUUUUUUUCCCUUUCAGAUACUGAUUUAAUAUUUUACUCCACUUUUUGAUUUUUGCAUUGGAUAUAUUGUUUGCACUGAAAUGAAGGAAAGCAAGGCUUAGCUUGACAAAAUAUUACAGACAAAAGGAUUAUUUGAACUUUGAAGAUAUGAAAGCUUGGUUCAAAAGGUCAAAUGCUUAGUAUAAGUAAAAAGAAAAAGAGUUUCACAAUAAUUCUGCAUACUUGAUUUUUCCUUUGAUUUUUUUGUACUAACCCCUAUUCUGUACAUAAAGAUUUGAUGACUGUUGGCUUUACAUGAAGUUUCUUUCACACAUUCAGAUGACCUCUGGAGAUUUUCUGAAUGAAUGUUAAAUGAAAUGAGCAUUAAAUUGGCUGCAAAACAUCA